GUUCUUGAGAUUCUCCGUCUCCAGCGCCAACUUGGCCAUUAGCUGUCGGAACACUACGACAUCUUCCCCUCGUUUUUCUCGACUUCCCCUGUCCCAUUGCCUGCCAAUGUCUGUGUCAGCCCCCAGCUGGCGGCAAGUUUCUCGCAAGACACCAGACUGUCCCCCCCUAGCUAAACCAAUGUGACGACCACCUUAUACCGUCCUUCUCGAGAAGCGAAGAAACCCUUGUUUCACCAACAUGUGUGCGAAUGCGAGGAACCAUCCUCGCUAAAGCGUGUGUCCGAUUUCCUCGCCACACGACACGGGGAAAUCUGGGUGUGAACUCAGUAUGGUGGUUCUUUUCCCGCGGAUGUACCCGUGUUCUCGCUCCGUGGAUUAUUUCCUGAGGGUAAUGAAGAGUUCGCUUACUCUUUGACUCCCAGGAUUCCUUUUUUGUCGUUGGAAUCUAUGACCCUGACUCCGAAGAACGCGACUGUUCAGCUGUCCUCGGAGUGCCACAGCACAUGCCCGUCUCCAAAAUCUCUCGGUUGCCAAGACUUUGUCCCCUCUGCCUUCAGGCGGACAUCCUGCAGGCGUUUUUCUCUCCCUUUCGUUCCGCGUUUUCUCUUCCCCUGCCGUCCGGCUUCUCACUUUGGCUUUCCCCCCCUUUGCGACUCGCGCGGGUCCCGACGACGAGAGGCUGAGUCCUUCACUUUGACUUUAUGAAGAGAAGCGGACACAGGAAAGAUGGUUCCGAUUUUUCUUCCGACGUUUGCGCGUUUGCCUGUUCCUCGACUGGCGAGCAACUGAGGAGAGAAGGCAAACACAUUAUCCCUACUUGUGUCUCGCACGCCCGCGCCUGCCUCUCUCGUGGGCUCUCUUUCUUCUCAGGUCGGUGUGACGUUUUCGCCUCUGUGCGUCCCUCGUUUCCACCGCCUUUUCACGCCUGAAGACCCUUGCGUCUUCCUGCCUGCGUCUCCCUAUCCGCUGUCUGCCUUCCAGACUUUUCCCUCGCGUUUGUCGCGCUUCGGGAGCCCCACCCUGCUCCUCCCUGUUUCGCUCGGGCGUGAGCCAUGGCGGCGGUCGCCGCGUCGGUGCGUUUGCGUUCGGCUUCGCUAGCUGAGGGUGUGACGUCUGCAGCGCCUUCAGAGGAGAACUCGUUGCCCGCAGUUGCUCCGAGGGAGACUCUCGAUUUGCUCGCUGUCCUGCUCAUGUCGCCUUCGCCCAUCUCCGUCGUGGAGGGACUCUUCGCGUCCGGCGCCGACGGAACUGCGGCGGAUUCGGCGACAGUGAGCAAUGUCCAGAAGGUUCUGACAACUUUGACGCUGCAGCAGGCGUCGAGGGCAGAAGAGCUGCGGAACUUGAUAGGCCUCCGGUACCUCUCCUUUCUGCACUCGACGGCCUCGCUGCAGGCCAUGAUCGAAGCUGCCAGCGACCUAGACAGACAUGCGUCGCGCGUCUGCGCCAUCUUCCAGGACCUCUGCAGCCGCGAAGAAGACCGAGAAGGUGGAGAGGCGGAGGAGCAGCUCUCGCCAGAGAGAGCUCGACUCUCGCCGGCUCGGAGAGACCGAGGAGACAUCCAUGGCGGUGCGCCACAGGAUGCGGCCUCCGCCGGAGAGACGUGCAGGCGAGGAGGGGGGAGCGAGCGCAGAGCGCAUGGAGAGAGUGCACCGAGAAGCUCCAGAAGAGAAGAAGGAGAAGACGGAGGGACCUCUUCUUCUCGCUUCUCAAACGCGUUUCGGAAACGAGAAGCGGAAGAAGGAGCCGUGACAGACUCAUUUUUCCUCGAAGCGACACCCCUUGACAGUUGGAUCGACGAAGACGGACGACCGCCUCGGCCUUCACGCUCGGGUCUGCUUCCACAGCAGACGACGUUUGACGGCGAUGCCUGGAGGCGAGAAUCUCGCGACUCGACCUGCCUGUCUCCCGCGUCUGCUCCUCCUACCCUCGCUUCCGCCCUAGGUCCGAGGAGACAGAAGGGCGUCGAAGGGAGACGGACGCUUGAUUCAGGGACGCGUCCGCAGCCUCUCCAGAGGCUCCUUCAGGGCAUGCAAUUGCAGCUGGGCACUACCUCGCGUUUCUGGCGGUUCAUCCGCGAGGCCUCUUUCCUCCGCGCCUUCCGCCUCCUCUGUGUAGAUCUGCCGGCGCAGCAGCGGAACCUGGCCGAGACACUCGACGCGAUCCAGAGACGCGUUUGCAGUCGACAGUCUCAUCUGCAUAAAACGCGUGAAGGCCUGUCUGGGAUGCUGGAGAGCGGCGAGCGCGCUGGGUGCUGGGGAACAGUCUCCGAUUUGGUCGGAGACUGCCGGGCGAUUCUGAACCAAGCGCGAGAAGACGAGGCGCUCCUGCUCCAGAUGCUGUAUACGUAUACCCUGCAGAGUCUGGCGGCGCCGCUGCUCUCUUCGCGCACCGCGCUCCAGGCCUUCGCGACGCUUCUGUUGCUUCCCGACAACGCGGCAGAUCCGAGCAGCCCUUCGUCGUCUGUCGGUGUCUCUACUUCGUGUGAUGUGGAGGAUAAAACAAUAACUUCUGUGCCUGGAGCGUUUUGGGUGUCAGUCUCGCGCCUCUCGUCUCUCAUCGAGGUACUCUUUUCUUGCCGAAACGAGGCUCUGUACCGCCUCCGCGCCUUUCCCUCCGUCUCGGGGGUGUCACCAGAGCCGCCGGAAGGGAGCGACCGACCUCUGCAGCGAGUGCGGCUCUGUCCGGUGUGCAGACGCGAAGAGGGGAGACAAAGUGGAGAAGAGACGCAAAGUGGAGGCCGAGCAUCUCUGCGUCCUGCUUCGCUUUCAACAAGACCGGCUCCGGACAGCAGCGGGUCGUCAAACAACGUCGAGGACGACUGCGAGGACAUGGGGAAACAUGCCUCUGGAGAUAUACCCGAGAAGCCUGGAUCUUGUCUUGCUUGCACGCUACACAAGGUCCUCUUUGCCUUCGAGUCUUCUGUCGCUACUGCUGGCCUUCUGUUUUUCUCUUGCGAUUCCUCCCGCGCCGCAGACGGUCCUCCCUCUUCGUCUCUUGAGAUUUCUUCCCCUUCUUCUUUCGCUGUCAUUGCUUCUGCGAGAGCUGCGCUGUGUGCGCCGAGCGAGGACGGCGCCGACUCUGCUUCUCCGGCUUUUCUGUGCGAGAGGAAGGAAACAUUUUCUUGCAUGUUUCCCCAGAAGCCCCCCGAAGUGUCUGUGGCGGAGGCGCGCCUCGCCGCAGCAGAAAAAGAACUUUCGGCGCUGGCGCAAGCCUUAAGUGCAAGCAGCGAAGCUGCUCGGGGCCUGUCCCCAGAGUGCUCAACUCUCUCGGCUUCUCUCGCGCGGACGCCCUGCGGAGAGACGCCGAAGCCUGGCGACGCGUUUCGCGAUCCCGCGUCGUCCGGCUCUUUGGCUUCGUUGCUUUUGUCGCGCUUCGCCCGCUUCUGGGCUCGAUGGCGAAAGGAGUCGCUUCUCUCCGUCGCGUGCGUUCUCGAAGACGGACGAAAGCGAGGAGCGCUGCAGACCUGCCGCGACGUGCAGGCUGUGUGGGCCGCUGUUCUUCGACGGCUAGAUGCGACUCGAGCGCCUUUCCUGUCUGCGCCCUGUUCUCCUCCGCGUGUGAAAGCUGCCGGAAGCACAGUCGACCUCGAGGACGACUCCAAGCAGGGUGUCUCUGAGAUUGCGCAGCGGAGACUCAUGUGGGGAGAGCAGUGGAAACGGUAUAUCCAAGCUCUGCUCCCUUCUGCCGCUUCGUCGUUUACGCCUCGCGAGGCGAGCGAGGAAACCGCCGCUGGCGCCUGCCUCCGUAACUCACAAUCCGAGGAACAGGGCGCAGCGGAGAGAAAUACGCGGUGGGAUCUCGUGACAGCCGAAGCGGCUGAACUCUGUCGACGUCUCUGCGAAGACCUGCUCAGAGACCAAGUCGAACGUCGCCUCUCCUGGUCUCCUUCAGAUGCAGCAACCGAUCUUCUAUCCCGUCCGAAGGGCCGGCGAGUGUCUCCGCACAAGGAGACACCCUCGCUGAGGAGCUCCAAUGGCUUCGGCGCUGCGGCGGGUCCUCUCGCGGAGACAGGUGUCUCCGAAGCGGCGCAGGCGCGCUUCACCCACUGGUUUCGUGCUUUCAAUGCUGCGUUUUCCGAUAUUCUCAAUGACGCGGAGUCCAUUUCCUUCCCCCAGGGGAGCUCUGCUGUGACUGAAGAUUCCGGACGAAGCGAAGAACCUCUCAGCAGCGACUCCGUUGACGCAACUCGCCAUGUGCUUCUUUGCGCGCUCCUCUCACGUUUAGACGCUGAUCUGCAAACCUCCAUCUUGCAGGCCCUCACUUCUUCUUCCUCUUCUUCCUCUGCGUUUCCUUUGCCCUCCCAUCCGCCUUCACUCGCUUCUUCUGUCUCGUCUGCAUUCCCCUUCUUCCUAGACGCAAGUCCGCUCGCGCCGGAUCGUGCAGCAGGCUGGGGAGAGAAGGGGCGGAGCUUGGAACUUCUUCUUUCGCCGUCUGAAAGCCGAACUGGAGGUCGAGGAAACGGAGGCGAAGAUGAAGCGGAACCUCUCGACCACAGGGCUGCUCCGCAUUUCACCGCUCGCUCUUCAGCGUUCUUUCCUUCCACUCGAUUGUCGCUGCCGUCGAGCGGCCUUCCGCAGUUGUGUUUCAACAGUUUCGCGAAUUUUCUGUCGCGAUCCUUGGAGGAGAGGCAGCCGGAAGACAUCGAGGCGGAAGCGCGUUCUUCUGUGAAGGAAAAUGCUGCUCGAUUGAGACAUUUGAGGAAGAACGCAGCUCUCGCUCGUGAGGUGUACACGACGAUGUGCGCCGGCUCUGUGGCUGCUUUCUCGCUUGCGGCUCUGGAAAUCCUAAAGCCGAUUUCUGCAGCUUUUAGACAAGCUCUGGGACGCGCGGUGCUGCUCGAGGACGCGGGCCUCCGUACGCGCUCAACUGGGGGGGUACAUACACUUGGGGGCGCCAUGCGGCCGAGCGACAUCGCCUCGGAGUCUCUUCUCCAGGAGGCGUUGCGGCGGCGCCACCCGGGCGGAGCUGGAAGCCACUCGAAGGUGGAGAGAGGAGAAAGUAGAGAAGCGAAGAAAAUAGAAGAUCCGCAUGCAAGCGUGGAUGCCCUUGCUUCAGAGAGCUGCAUGCUGCGUUGCCCGAGAGAACCCAGCGCCGCGACCAUGCAAAUGGUGAUGCGCUUGAACGCCGAGGCCAGCAAACUGCUGGACUGCCUAGGAAUCCACCCGCUCUUCUCUCCGUCUUCUUGCUCUUCCUCUUCCUCCAUCUUCCUCGUCGUCUUCAAAGUCGUCGCUGGAGACGUUCUUGCCGAUGUCGUCGAAGACGUUCUUUCGGCGAUGUCACCAGACAGCCUCCACUCUCAACACUCCGCAUCUUCUCCUUCCUGCUGCGCUGUUUCUCUCUCGGGUGUCUCGCAGCUUCUCUUCGACACUUACGUGAUGCUCUCUGUGUUCAAGCCCUCUCCGUUUCCCUCGGUUCUUCUUCGGCUUCUUGAGCUGCGACAGAAGGCGAGAGACGCAGCGAAGGAAGGGACGCACGCGAACGAGCAGCCGGGAGACGAGAGAGGAGACGAGAGAGAAAACGAGGGACAAGAAGGGGCGUUUGUCUCCUUCUUCAGAGGCAGCGCUCCCGCACAGAACAGAGAAGACGCCGAGAAGUUGGAGACUCUCGAAAUGAAGAAAUCGAGGGCGGUGUGGUCGUCGAUUCUUCGCGGUGCGGUCGAGAGACAAGAACGCCUGGCAGCGGCGGCACAGAAAGUUGAAGAGUUUUGUUUGGCUGUGGAGACACCGCGCAGAAAGCUCCCGCAAACUCCCGGAGACACCCGCGCCGAUGCAGCGGCGAACGACCGUGAAGGCGACGGGCAAGAAGCCGUGGGGAGAAUCGACGUGGAAGAAAUCAGGCGAAACAGCACAGCCUUCCUCUCGGCCUGCAGUCUCCUCUGCGACCCCCUUUUCACUCCAGGGAUGGAAGUCUCGACGGCAAAUGAACACACUCUGUUGUUUGACCCACCGCCGCUUCAGCUUCUCCCUCCCAGAGAACGCUUCCAGUUACUUCCUGUCUUCUCUGCCGUUGUGCCAGGCACUGCGACUGAGAGCGAAGAGGGUGUGGCUGCAGUGUCUCGGUCCCUGUCGCUCGACCAGCCGCCAGGUGUAUGUACACCAGCUGCUGGCUUGUUGGAGCCUCCCCGCGAGUCUUCAGAUGAUGGUCUCUCGUUCAAGACAGUCUCUAAGAAUCUCCAGACAUGGCUUGGGCGUUCAGGGGCCGUUGUCGCAGGAGCUCUGGACGGCGGGAACCGAAGUGUCUCUCCUGUCAGUGACUCUGUCGACAAGACUGGACAACGGAACCUUACCGAGAGCGGAGAGAGGAGCGUGUCGAGCGCGGCCAGCCUUCCAUCUCCCUCCACUUCCCUACGAUGGGCUUCCUUUUCACAGAGCUCCGCCUCGCAGACACCGAAGAGUCCCAGUCGCGGCACGGACGCAUGCGCACUGCCAGACAGCGAGGCCCGGAGCAAAAACAAGGAAACAGACACUUUGGAAGGCACAAACCCAGCCGGUUUAGGAGCCGCUGUCCACGUCGACGCUUUCGCGCGGCACAUGGGGCACAUGGGUUCUUUUUUUGGGCGGCACAUGGAACAGGUUCAGAAUCGCGUUUCUGAAGUUGUCCGAAAAGGCAUCGCGAGAAUCGACGAAGUCGGAACUGACGACAAGGGAAGAAAUCGAGACGCAGAAACCGAGAGACCCGCGCAUCUGUAGCAGCACGCGUUCGGAGGAAAACGCCGUUCCUGGAAAUCGAAAGCGCGCUCACCCGAUGGCGUUUUAGAGACGCGACUAGUCAUGUGCAUUUAGUCUCGACGUAGGGAAUCACGCGGAAAAAAGUAUUCGAAAGUCCAGUGGGCCAGAUCCUUUGUACCGCCGUACCGACUGAGAACGCAUCUGUCUAGGAGUUGGGGUUCAAAAGGCGAGAGAAGGCGACCACUGAUGUCGUUCGCUGCGUUUUCUGCUGCGCGAUUGUAACGGGAAACAACACUUCAUGAUGUGCUUUGUUCAGCAGGCCCCGUUGUAGAUAAAAAAACAGCCCUUUUACCGAGUCCUGAGUGCAUGCGCACUGCCCACCUCCAAGUCGGAUAUUUGUACGAAUACGAGGCAAAAGAUGAUUGUGCGGC